AACUUUCCAGUGCACUUUGACGCCAUUAAAUCUUUCAGAUCGUCUUCUCGGAUCAAUGCUCGUGUUUCCUGUUUACCAACAAGUGCAGAACGGGGUUUAUGUACGUUUUCCGGUCCAAAGGAUCAGAUGAAGGAGACUCCACCGGAAACUAAUCUCCUUCAUGCUGAGAUCACACGAACAAAGUUGGUCUUGUUAGCUUUAGCUGACGUUUGGCCAAACAAACGUUCAACCGGGACAUCGGCACCGCUAAGUGGACUGUUGGUGGACAACCAAGGUUGGAAUGAGUUCGUAAUUAAGUCGUUCGAUGCUGCUAGCCUGCUGGUAGGCUCUCUGCUCGGACCUAAGCUAACGGUGCUGACAUCGUCUAUAUCAACAUUCACUUAAAGUGCGACAUUACGGUACUUUCUCUUUACAUUACUUUGUCUUGUCAGAGCAAGGAGAGAACCAACUCAAACAAGGACUUUCUAUGCAACGUGACCUCAAGCGAAGGUUGGCACGAUGAUGGUCCCCAGUCUCAGUUGAACCCCAAUACCGCCCUCUGGUGGCCUGCUGCAGGUACUGCCACGUCCGUGGGUGGAAAGUAACCUCUUGUCAACAUGCAGCUGACCUAUCAGAAGCUGCUGCCUCAUCUGAGGCGGAACCCGCGCAUCAAAAGCCUUAUGGCCGCUGUGCUCGCCGCUUAUGCCAUCAAGAAACUGUCGCCGUAUGUUUGGAGGCGGAUCCAGGGGGGUUCAACAAUUAAACCAGUGGGCGUGGUCAGUAAUUCCUCUACUUCUGUGGAUGCAAGUAAACAGAAAAGAAGCGACAACAGGUCUCCGUCAGCAAACAAGGAGUUUGUGGUGCGACUUGCUCGUCUGUUAAAGCUGUUGUUUCCACGGUUACUGUGUCCUGAGGUGGCAGUGCUCAUCCUGCACUCUCUCACGCUCAUAUCCAGAACCUUCUUGUCCAUUUAUGUCGCCACCUUGGACGGCAUGAUCGUCAAGUGUAUCGUGCAGAAAAACCCACGUGCCUUCAUGCUACAGCUCCUAAAAUGGCUGCUCGUGGCCGUUCCCGCCACCUUCAUCAACAGCGCCAUUCGGUUCCUGGAAGGUCAGCUGACCUUGCACUUCAGGGGACGCUUAGUCAGCCAUGCGUACCAGCUCUAUUUCACCAACCAGACGUACUACAGAGUCAGCAACAUGGACGCCCGCCUGUCCAACCCGGACCAGUCCCUGACAGAGGAUAUCGUCAUGUUCUCGGCUUCAGUGGCUCACCUCUACUCCAACUUGACCAAACCCAUCCUGGACGUGGUCGUCACCUGCUACACGCUGCUGAGAACCGCCCACUCCAAAGGAGCCAACACCACGUGGCCUUCGGUCAUUGCUGGCUUGGUGGUGGCGCUCACGGCUAAAGUGCUGCGUUCGUGUUCACCUCGUUUUGGGAAGCUGGUAGCAGAGGAGGCGCGGCGUAAAGGUGACCUGAGGCACAUGCACUCGCGGAUCAUCGCUAAUUCGGAAGAGAUCGCUUUCUACGGAGGCCACACGGUGGAGAUGGCCCAGCUGCAGAGGAGCUACACGUCAUUGUCGCGUCAGAUCCAUCAGAUCCUGCUUAAGCGUCUGUGGUAUGUCAUGCUGGAGCAGUUCCUCAUGAAGUACGUGUGGAGCGCCUCCGGUCUGGUCAUGGUCGCCGUACCCAUCAUCACCGCUACCGGAUACUCCCAAUACGACCCAGAUGAUGUGAAGCAGGCGGCCAUGGUAAUGAAGGAGGAGGAGCUUGUGAGCGAGAGGACGCAGGCCUUUACCACAGCUAGAAACCUUCUCAACGCUGCUGCUGACGCCGUGGAGAGGAUCAUGAGCUCCUAUAAGGAGGUCACAGAGCUAGCCGGCUACACGGCUCGCGUCUCCGAGAUGUUGGAUGUCUUUGAGGAUGUCAAAGAGGGAAUCUACCAGCGGUCCUUGGACAGAGACCAGGAGACGCCAGCAGGGGGAGCGGUGGUACAGCACGGCCACAGAGUCUGCGGUCAUCUGGGCAUGCGAGGUCAGGUGGUCAGCGUGGAGAAGGGGAUUCGCUGCGAGAACCUGCCAAUCAUCACACCCACGGGGGAUGUGGUUGUGUCUUGCCUCAACAUCCAGGUGGACGAUGACAUGGACGUGUUGAUCACGGGACCCAACGGUUGUGGGAAAAGUUCUUUGUUCCGCAUCCUCAGCGGCCUGUGGCCCGUUUAUGGAGGUGUCCUGUACCGACCAGAACCACACCACAUGUUCUACAUACCACAGAGGCCUUACAUGUCUGAGGGGACUCUAAGGGAUCAGGUGAUCUAUCCAGACUCUGUGGAGCAGAUGGUCCAGAAAGGACUCACAGACGCUUGUUUGGAGGAGAUCCUUUCCACUGUGCACCUUCUCUACAUCCUGGACAGGGAGGGAGGUUGGGAGUCAGUGAGUGACUGGAAGGACGUCCUGUCAGGCGGAGAGAAGCAGCGAAUGGGAAUGGCUCGUAUGUUCUACCACAAGCCCAGGUUCGCCCUGCUGGACGAGUGCACGAGUGCCGUGAGCAUCGAUGUGGAAGGAAGCAUCUUCCAGGCUGCAAAGGAUGCUGGGAUAUCGCUGCUGUCAAUCACACAUAGACCCUCCCUCUGGAAGUACCACUCUCACAUCCUGCAGUUUGAUGGCGAAGGCGGUUGGCGUUUCGAGCCUCUGGAUGCGUCCACUCGUCUGUCUCUGCAGGAAGAGAAGCUGCGUCUGGAGAGUCAGCUGUCAGGAAUCCCCAAGAUGCAGCAGCGUCUGUCUGAGCUCUGCAUCCUGCUGGGGGAGGGGCAGGGGGAAGCGCCUGCCGAACAUGACACGCCCCUUUCCUGAGGAAGACCUGCACAGGAUGAUGGCGUUCUCACUGUCACCAGAAGUUGAACAUCAAGAGGAGACGAUAAAAUUGUGCCAAUUUUAAUCUUUCUACUGAUGACAAAAUCAGCAGGUCAUUUAACUUUUAUUAUUCACUAAAACCUGUUUGACACCGAUGAUGUCACUGAAAAGAUAAAGUAGCUCAACAAUGUAUUUUUAUCUUGCUUUUCAAAAUAAAACUUGUUGACAAGUC